UUUAUAUAAAUCCCUGCCUCUACUCUCCGCCCAGGCGCCCACAUUACUCUCUAACUCGAUUUUAACCACCUGAAAGCAGAUCCUGUUCACCAUUUUCUCUCUCUGCCACGAAUUCCCAUUUCUUAGGAAAGUAUGGCAGCAAAGACCUGCUUGUCUGAGGCCAAUCCAUGGUUGCGUGAAUGGCGAUAAACAUCUUGCAGAAACAGUCGUUAAUGUGCUCACUUCACUUCCUUUCAUUGCUCUUGGGUUCCAAGCCCCAAGGAAGAAUUUGAAUUGUAAACUCUAUGCCAAUUCAUUAAUUGGAGUAGGGAUUGCUUCGAGUGUAUACCAUGCCUCAAGAGGAAAGUUGAGGAGGUAUCUCAGAUGGGCCGACUACACAAUGAUAGCCACAGCAACUGUGUGUCUGUCUAGGGCACUUAGGAAUGAGAAUCCGAAGUUACUGAUGGCAGCUUCAGCUUUCUUUCUACCAAUUCAGCCUCUGAUGGUGUCAGCAGUUCACACGGGGAUUAUGGAGGUUGCAUUUGCGAAGAGAGCGUUUCAAGAUCCAGACCUCAGAAUGGCCCAUAACAUGCAUAAGAUGUCGUCAUUGUUAGGAGGUGCACUUUUCAUUGCCGAUGACAUAUUUCCUGAAACUCCAUUUCUACAUGCUGGUUGGCAUCUUGCUGCUGCUGUUGGAGUCAGCACUUGUAACAAGCUUCUCGACUAGUCGAGCUCCUCCCCAAUUUGCCGAAACAACCUGUAUCUCUCCCAUAGAUGGAUCUUCCAAGAGUGGAUGAUAGAAAAUAGUGAUGAUCCUACCUAUAAAUGGAUUUGCAUAUGUAAUUUGUACAAACUUACUCAUUAUUCUUCCAUUAGCUUGAAAGAAUAUUGUAUUCUAGAGAUGGCAAUCUUUGUUGCCUUUUGAAAAAAUAAUCUUUUGGUAAGGGGGGAAAUGUGUAGAUUGAUAUUUUCAUCUA